CCUUUCGCUUCCCAGCCAUGACAUCGGAUGACGGGUUCAGUAUCUCGGCACCACAAAGGAUAUCGCAAAACAAAGCGACCCUCUAAUGUCUCUUACUGUCCACCACUAUACCACCACCACCAGCAUUGAUCCAGAAUCUCUGUUAUGUACCGCUAGGCGACUCGCUUUCGAUGGAAAAUGGCUCACACCUGCCUUUCGCCGGACUUUGCAGUUGAACUUUGAUGCCCAAUGGGAAUAUGCCAUCCCCCCGCCAGUGUUCGAUGUUGGGAACCGUACUAAUCGGCCGCUCAGAGACUGGGGGGACUUGGAGGAAGACGGGGAUGAAGGGAAAGGACUGGAAGAACUUGAGGAAUGGGUACCGUGGUCGCGGGAAGACCUUCACUCCCCGGUACAAAAAUACGGGGACAUAGAGAUGGACGAAGCCGACGGAGAGUCUCACAGCCCUUCCACCCGACUCAUCCUAGACGCUGGCUCUAAUGGGAAAUCGAAACAUAGUCCUAUCUCACAGUCGAAUUCCACGAAGGCGCGUUUAGAGGAUGAAGUAUACUUGGGCUUCACUCGGGGCGCUGAUAACGAAGGGUUUGAUGAAGCCGACACUGGAUUUCACAUAGACGAGGAUGAGAUGGAAGAAGAUAUGAGCUUCGGUUUCUUCCUUUCCGGUCGAAGUGGUGUCUCCUACGACUGGGGUGACGACAAUCAGGUGGACGAAGACGAAAUAAACACGGCUUUCAUUGAAGACGAAGGCCCGGACGAAGAGGAAGACGAGGCGGGCGUGGAAUCAGGCCUUCUUUCAUUAUCUCAGGGCAGCAAGACAAAGGAUCUUCAUUUGUCACGUAGAGUUUCGGAUGCCUUGCGAGAUAUGGAAGACAAUGCUGUCUUUGAGCGUGGAUGGUCGAACGAUGCUGACACGGGAUUUCAUGUUGAGGACGAGGAAGAUGAUUACAUGGACAGCCAAUUUUUCCUUCCAUCCAUCGACCGCAGUCGUUCUGACGACGAGGCGAACGCAGCUCCCUUAGGGGGCGACAGAAAUCCUCAAUCUGUCAACACAUCCCUUCCUGAUGUACCAAUCGAGCCGCCAGAUGAAAGCCCAGACUUUGCAAUGUUGGACGAAGACGAAAACGAGGACGCAAACACAGGGUUCAUCGACUUCAAAGCCGCCCUGGACACAGACGAAGAAGACGAGGAAGAAGACAUCGAUUCUCGGUUCAUUCUCUCGGAUGGCGACAUACAAUACCAUCAUGGCUCUAUCAGCGAGAUCCUGGAUGCUGAUGACUUUACUGUGCAGGAUGUGAAAGAAGAGGAGGAGGGAGAAACGGAGAAACACAUUGAGGGAGAGUACGAAGAAGACAAGAUCUCAGAAUGGGUCGAUGAAGACGAUUCACAAGUCCACGGUUCAGAAAAUGCCAGUGGUGACUACGAGUUUAAAGGACAUCCUUCUAGGCUCAUACCCAUCCCCCAAACUAUCACAUCGAGACUGCUCACAUCGUCCGUCCACACUCCACAGCGCUUCUUGGCAAAGUACCGAUCCCUCUCUACGCGCGUCGAGUCCCUAGGCUCCGGCUUGGGGUGGAUAAUCCCCGUCACCACUCCCGGCGGAGUAGUCCUCAUCGACGGGCACGAAUCCCCCGGGUGCUGGACGCCCCGCUCCCUAGCGGCCUUUUGGGGUUUCCUCGGGACGUUGCAUAAGGAAACGGGGGUGGGGGUGGCGUAUGACUUUUUUGGAGGCAGGGGGUAUUUUUUCAAGUUGUAUCAUUGUGCGGGGCUUAGUGUGUUGUUGAGGGGACGGUUGGAUGAGUGGGUUUGGAGGGAUGGGGGUGGAGAAGGGGAGGGUGAGGGAGGGGUGAGGAUGUUUAAGGGUUUGAGGUUGUUGUUACGCGAUUCGGUCAAUAAGGAGGUUGGCUUCUGGUGAACGUUGUCUAUGUAUUCUAUUUUUUUUGAUUUAUUUCUUGUAAGUUCUUGUAUCACGCCUAUAUAUCUAGCUAUUCACUCUGCGCAUCGGUAGAUACUUCCUUCAAUACAUUCUAAGGUCUUGAAAUCAUCCCAGCUAAUGU